AUGGCAUCAAAAGUGGAAGUUUCGGUAGAAUAUUGGUAAGUAACGUAAGUCGAAAUUAAUUGUCAUCGCUGUUUGUUUUAAAGUCUCUUUUUUUGUUGUCCAGCAUAAAUUGUCAAAACAUUUCCAAAUGUGGCCAACUAUUUAGUCGUUCGUUCGCAAAAUUCUAAACAGUCUAAAAACUUUUUUCAUUAAGAGAGUGUUAAAUAGGAUUAAUAGCUUGUCCUAUCCUGUUCACAAUUUAACUACUUAAACUUUUUGCGGGAAAAUAAGGUGAGUAUUUGUUAUUCAUAGAGCGAUUUUACUUGACCCGUGAAACAAUUAAUAACAACUAGUGCAAAAUAGUACAAACAAACAAAAGAAGACAACAGAAUUAUUGCAUAAUAGUACGCACUCUAUCUGUUUUCUCUAUCAUAAAUCGAAUACAUGACACACUUUUUUCUCGAGUCAUGAUCACGUCGCUUCAGUUAUAAAUUAAACAUUAAAAGAAGUGAAGAGACAAACGUAAAAGUCAUGAUAGGUGCUGUUGUGAUGAAUGUUAUUUCAUAAGUAGCCCUGCAGUCCUUGUCAAAUUUCAUUUCUUUCUUUUUCGAUUCUUUUUCUUCGUGCCUUCUUUAUUGCCAAUCGUGUUUCAGUGUGAGUUGAUGAGUUAGGUGGAAGACGUGAGAGAUUGCAUGGAAGAUCCGAUCGCGUGUUUUAACUCCCGUUUUCAGUGUAGUUUAUUGGAAAAUUUCCAAAACACAUGUCCAUAAAACAUGUCAAAAAAACCUCUUCUCACUAUCUAACAAUUUCCUUAAAGGUGUAUCUCUGAUCCAUUAAGACUUAUAGAUAACGUUGUCUCUUGGUUCAUUUCAUGUGUCAGAGAAUUUUCCUCAGUAGCCAACUCCUUCCCCACCUCCCCCCCGAAAGGGGGGCAGUGGUCGGGAAUUUGCUCAAGUUUCAAUCUUGGGGAUGGAGACUUUGGAAAUUUAUCACAACGCAGGGGCCGUGUAUUUGUCUUCCCCCGGCCAGGAAAUCCCUGGGGUAUUUGAAAUUUAAAAGGAUUGUUUCAGAGAAGAUAAAAAUUUGGUUGAGUCAGCAAGACUUGCAAAACUAGUGUUAGAUGUUUCUAUAGCAAGUGUGAUCAUAGUGUACAUCUCUUGAUUAUUAGCGCAAGCUGCAUGUAACUUCAGAAUUUCAUUUCAAGCACAAUAUUUUUAUUCUUGAUCUGAACGACUUUGCGUGCGGCAAAUAUCCUUUUAUUUAGUUGUUCACCAAGAUGCAACUUUUCUCAAAAGCAAGAGCUGCUGCAGAAUAGUCACCCUUCUAAAAAACAGAUUGAUUAUUCUUCAUGUUUUCAGUUCUAUAUGACGAUAUGCCCCACGCUACAGGGAACUGGCUGAACAAAUCAAGGCUGAAGUCCCUGAAACCAAUGUUGUUGGCCAUGUUGGUCGCUUUAGUAAGUUGCAGCUUAGGAGUAGACCUGUAUAUAUUUCUGUAUUUAUUUACUAAAUACGACCGCAAUGGUCUGUAACUGGUAUCAAAGAUGGAAUAAUCCGUCCGGAAAAACAGAACUACCUUUACAGAUGUUCCGUUGUCAUGUUCCAUUUACUUUCGUUUCCAACCCGAUUUUACGGAAAUGUUUUGUAAAUGGUAAACAACCGCAGUUUACCAUCACCUUUGGGAAUAGCUAAGAGAAACACGAUAAAAUUGGGUUAAAAAAUGGCAUAUUUUUCAAUGAAGUGUUCUGUUUGUUGUAAGUCAAUGUAAAAAGCUGAUAGAACUUCUUUAGACUGGUCAGCCCACGGUCUUCAACGUUAUUUGAGUGUCCAAUCUUUUCGCUAAACCAUGACAGACCUUUACUAAUCUGAGAAAUUUUUGACAUUUUUGGCUUUUACUAACCUUUUCCUUUACAGAUGGAAGGGAAUUAAUGUGUUUAAAAUUUAUUGCCUCUUUGCUUUGUCACAGCCUCAUUUGAAGUCACUAUAAAUGGAAAGCUGGUGUACUCUAAACUGUCCCAAUGA